AUGGCAGUGUCAGAGCAUGCCGUCAGUGCCGUAAUCCUGAGAGAAGAAAAGAAGGUCCAGUACCCAAUCUACUAUGUAAGCAAGACACUGUUAGAUGCUGAAACUAGGUACUCACCCCUGGAAAAGCUUCUCUUGGCAUUGGUAAUGGCUUCUAGAAAGUUGAACCACUAUUUCCAGGCAUACCCAGUGGAAGUGGUGACAGAAUAUCCAUUGAAGACCUUGUUAGGGAAAGCGGACAUGUCUGGAAGGGUUGCCAAAUGGUCAGUCGAAUUGGCUCAAUAUGAUUUGAAGUUCGUCGCAAGGACUGCCAUUAAAGCGCAAGUUUUAGCUGAUUUUGUUGCCGAGUUCACCAUAGAGCAACGACUUGAAAAAGCCAACCAGAUAUGGAAGGUACAAGUAACUCCUUCGCAUCUUUGGAAAUUGCAAGUUGAUGGUUCUUCAACAAGACGAGGAUCCGGAGCAGGAAUUGUGCUAGUAGCACCGGAAGGAGAAGUAUUGGAAAUGGCUAUACGAUUAGGGUUCCCAGCAACAAAUAAUGAAGCAGAGUAUGAGGCCUUGUUUCAAGGAGUCCAGAAUGCUCUAAGACUUGGGGCCAAGGAGUUGGUGAUUUAUUCCGAUUCUCAAUUGGUAGUCAAUCAACUCACUGGACUCUACAGUGCCAGGACGGCAACUAUGGCAGCUUACAUGGAAAAAACUAAACAGUUGCUCGACCGACUUCAUGACUAUAAGGUAAUACAAAUUCCAAGGGAGCAGAAUGACCACGCCGAUGCUUUGGCUACCCUUGCGUCGGCCGACCAACUAGGGGUGAAGAGGGUUAUACAAGUGCAGGUGCUCGAACGACCAAGCAUAGAUGAGAUGCCAGAAGAGAUACGAUGCGCUGAAGAGCAGGCGCCAAGUUGGAUGGAUCCCAUCAUUGCUUACCUAAAGGAUGGCAUUCUUCCCGAAGAUAAGAAAGAAGCCAGAAAAUUGGCAGUCAAAGCAGCACGCUUCUGGUUGUCUCCUGAUCAGAAGCUCUAUAAAAAGUCUUUCUCAGGUCCAUAUUUAUUAUGUGUUCACCCAGCAAGAGUAGAGGACUUGUUGUUUGAGAUUCAUGAAGGCUCUUGUGGAGCACAUGCUGCGGGAAGGACACUUGCAUUUCGAGCAAUUACCCAAGGCUUUUGGUGGCCGUACAUGCAGAAGGAUGCUUUGCAGUACGUAAAAAAGUGUGAAAAGUGUCAGAAGUUCGCACCAAUCCCCCACCAACCGGCUGGUGAUCUUUGUCCUCUUACAAGUCCAUGGCCUUUUGCCCAAUGGGGGUUGGAUAUUAUUGGACCACUCCUGCGGGCUACUGGCAAUAGAAGAUUCUUAAUUACUGCCACUGACUAUUUUACGAAAUGGAUCGAGGCAAGGGCUCUGGCAGCAAUCCGAGAUAUAGAAACAAGGAAGUUUGUUUGGGAAAAUAUCAUAACAAGGUUUGGAAUCCCUCAUGCCUUGAUUAGUGAUAACGGAACUCAAUUUUCAAGCAGAAGCAUCCAACAAGACAUUUUAGACGGAAUUAAGAAAAGAUUGGAGUCUUCCAAAGGAAGGUGGGUAGAAGAACUUCCGUCAGUAUUAUGGGCAUACCGAACCACUCCUCGCAGGUCUACGGGAGAAUCUCCAUUCGUGCUUGCUUAUGGAACGGAGGCUGUCAUUCCUUUAGAAAUAGGGCUUCCAACUCUCCGAACGCAAGUAUUUGAAGAAGGCAACAAUGAUUUGGCAAUGGAAAGAAAUUUGGAUUUGCUGCAGGAGAGAAGGGAUCGGGCCAUGGUGCGGCUGGCUGCUUACCAACAAGUGUUGUCCCGAUCCUAUAAUAAAAAUGUUAGGGCAAGAAGCUUUGAAAUUGGGGACUUCGUUUUACGAAAAGUCUUAUCUCAAACUAAGGAUCCAACUGAUGGAAAGUUGGGUCCAAAUUGGGAAGGACCUUUCCAAGUCAUAGCACGGGUUGGCCAAGGAGCCUACAAGCUAGUUAGGCAGGAUGGCAAAGCUGUCCACGGAACUUGGAAUAUCUCCAACCUAAGGAGAUUUUAUGUACAAGUUGGGACUCAUAGAUCAUCACUAAGAGGCGGUUGGAAAGGAGGCAAGAAGUUACUUGCGGUUGACAAAGAGGCUAAGUUACUUACGGUUAAAAAGGACCAGAAGUUACUUCAGAACUGUCAUUCAACCGUCUCUGCAGUUACUCCACACGUCUCGGCUGUUAUUCAUCACAGUUCAACCGUCUUAUCACUUCCACCUAUAAAUGGACAAGAGAAAAGUACAGAGAGAUGGGGAAAAAGAAAGAAACAACAAUUCAUAAUGAGUUCUUCCUCACGUUCCACCAAUGUUCCACCAAAGAAGAGGUCUAUGAUAGAGAACGAGGAGGAUGACGAAUUGGUCAAUCCUAAACAUCCAGCAGGAGCCUCCCUCCAGAAGAAAGCUAAGUUGGAAUAUCAAGAAGAGGAUGAGGAUAUGAUCAUCCUUGAGCAACCGAUAAACCAUCCACUGACGCAGGUGAUUGAAAUUGAAGAUGAUGAAGAUGACGAAGAACUGAAGGUUCUCGAUUCAUUCCUAACCAGCAAUGUGGAAGAGCAAGUCGAGGACCUUAAGGAACAAUUACAGUAUAUGAAGAGGGAAUUCCAGACUGCUGACAAUUGCAACAAAGAGCUUCUAGGCGCUCUGCGAACUGUUCAACACUCACUCAUCCAGAUAUGUGACAUGGCCUGGGUGGCGGCAAUGGCUCAAGACCCACAAAGGCUCCGGAUGUCUCUUCUGGACCUCUCAGCCCGUGUUAAAUCUAUUUUAGACAGGGCGAUGGUAGUUCUAGCAAGUUGGUCCAUUUAA